CGUGCGUGCGCAGUCUAACCCGGAAACGUUCUCCGAGGUCUGGUCGCACUGCAGAGCGUAAACUUAUGAUUUUUAGGGUAAAUCAGUGGUAGGGGGUCUCACUUGUUCCACUGUCAGGGUCUCGGAGCUACUAUGGGCCUAAAAUCCCAGCACCCCGCCCUCCCCUGCAAGCAGAGUCACACGGCGCCGAUACUCGUCGGACCUCUGACAACUUGUGUUGCCUGAGGAAGAAGCCCUGAAGUUGAAGAAGAGGAAAGGAGAGGAGUCAGGCGUGGCUCUUUCUCAGGGAUCGUUGACAUUCACUGAUGUGGACAUAGAGUUCUCUCAGGAGGAGUGGGAAUGCCUGGACCCUGCUCAGAGGACUUUGUACAGGGACGUGAUGCUGGAGACCUACAGGAACCUGCUCUCUGUGGAUAUCUCUUACAAACCUGUGAUCAAGAAAUUACAACUGAAGACAAACUCUGAUAGAGGAGAGGUAUUCAAGUCAUGGAUACUGGCAAGACCUGAAAGGAAUGAAAUGGACCUUUCUUACCUUAGGGUCAUUCAGGAAAAUAUAUAUGACUUUCAGUCUAAGCAGAAAGAUGAGGAAGAAAAUUACAAAGGAAUGCUUAUAACCCAUAAUGAAAAUCUCACUGAUAAUAAAGAUCAACAUGAUGAAAGUGUUGCCAGAAUCAAGCCUAUUGAAAAUUGGCUUGCCUUAAGCUUUCAGGAUGAACUGCAUAUUUUUAAAAGUGAAGACAAAACUGAUAAAUUCAUUCAAGCUGACAAGAUUCUCAACAGUUGUGUCCCAUUUUCACUGCUUCAAAGAAUUUCUUCUAGCGUAGAAAUGAAUGUUUCUGAUAUAUAUUGGAGUAAUUACAUGCACCCUUUAAUAGUGACACAAAACCAGGAAGCACAGAGGGAAAGACUUUACAAAUGUGGUGAGGAUGGCAAAAUCUUUCUUCAGAGAUCAAACCUCAGUAGACAUCAGGUCAUCCAUACAGAGGAGAAAUUACAUAUAUGUGAUGUAUGUGAAAAAGUCUUUAGUCGAAAUUCACACCUUGCAAAUCAUCAGAGAAUUCAUACUGGAGAAAAACCUCACAGAUGUAAUGAGUGUGGCAAGCUCUUUGGUCAAAAAACACACCUUACAAAUCACUUGAAAAUUCACACUAGAGAGAAACUUUACAAAUGCAAUGAGGUCUUUAGUCAAAAAGCAACCCUUCCACGGCAUCAGAGAAUUCAUUCUGGAGAGAAACCCUACAGAUGUAAUGAGUAUGGCAAGGUCUUUAGGGAAAAGGCAACCCUUGUGUUUCAUCAGAGAAAUCAUACUGACGAGAAACCUUAUAAAUGUAAUGAGUGUGGGAAGUCCUUCCAUUACAGCACAAAAUUUCGUAGACAUCAGUUAAUCCACACGGAAGGGAAAUUAUAUAAAUGUGAUAUAUGUGACAAAGUGUUCCAUCAUAAUUCCAGCAUUCCAAGACAUAAGAGAAUUCAUACUGGAGAGAAACCUUACAAAUGUGAUGAAUGUGGCAAGGCCUUUAGUCAAAAAUCAAACCUUGGAAUUCAUCAGAGAAUUCAUACUGGAGAGAAACCUUACAAAUGUAAUGAUUGUGACAAGGUCUUUAGUCAGAAAGUACACCUUAGACGUCAUCAGAAAAUUCAUACUGGAGAGCAGUCUUAGAAAUGUAGUAAGUGUGGCAAAAUUUUUCAUCACAGGACCAUGGCCCAGUUUGUCCGUAACCUCGCGGAGAAGGCCCCGGCGCUGGUCAACACUGCUGUGACUUACUCAAAGCCUCGAUUGGCCACAUUUUGGUACUAUGCCAAGGUUGAGCUGGUUCCUCCAACCCCUGCUGAGAUCCCUACAGCAAUUCAGAGUUUCGGUGACGCUCCGCCCAGUCUCCGACUCCGGAAGUCCCGCCUCCUCCUCUCAGCCACUCUUUCUGCUAUCACCCAGGUGGAGUUCGCUUGUCUUCUGGGAGGUGGAUUGGCGGGCCGCCCCCGCAGCCUCACCCUCUCGGCCUCUGGAGGCCGCGCCGGUUGCCCCGUUCCCAGAGAGGCCGCGUCCUCUCCCCGGUCCUGGGACCCCUUCCCUCCCAACCCCUCUGUCCUCGCGUCUCCUCAGUGUGCAGGAGUUGACUGUCGUGAGUCCCACCUGAGACAGUGGGCAGCAGACGACUAUGUGUUCCACAUGCAUAUUCAUGCUAGAGAGAGACCUUACAAAUAUAAUGAGUGUGGCAAGGACUUUAGUCAAAAAGAAAGUCUUGCAGUUGAUCAUCAAAGAAGUCAUUCUGGGGAGAAACCUUACAAAUGUGAUGAGUGUGGCAAGGUUUUCAGUAGAAAGAAUUACCUUCCAAUUCAUAAUAGAAUUCAUACUGGAGAGAAACCUUACCAAUAUAAUGAUUGUGGCAAGCUUUUUCGGUAUAAGUACAGCCUUGCAAGCCAUCUGAUUAUUCAUACUGGAGAGAAACCUUACAAAUGUAAUGAGUGUGGCAAGCUUUAUCGGCAUAAGAACAGCCUUACAAGCCAUCUGAGGACUCAUACUGGAGAGAAACCUUACAAAUGUAAUGAGUGUGGGAAGGUCUUCAGCAGCAAGAAAUACCUUAUACUUCAUAAUAGAAAUCAUGCUGGAGAGAAACCUUACAAAUGUAAUGAGUGUGGGAAGGUCUUUAGCAACAAGAGCUACCUUACACAUCAUGAUACAGUUCAUACUGGAGAGAAACCUUACAAAUGUAAAGAGUGUGGCAAGAUGUUUCGGCAAACAUCCGCCCUUUCAGUUCAUAAGCGUAUUCAUCACAGAGAGAAAUGUUCUUCCAAGGAGCAAGUGUGUUUUAAUUUUAUGAGUGCAGUCACAGUCCACAGUGGUUAUGUCACCAAAGAACUCUUCAAAUGUUAUGGAUUUGGUGAAUUUUGUGAGCAUUACUUAAAAGAGAGCCCACAGCAGGGAAUAGAUAACUGUAAAUGA